AGUUUCAUGUGUAUUUACUCGCCCCUUCCCUGCUCGGCGUUGCGUGUAACUCCUCGGGGAAGCGUCACUCAGGCAGAGGGUUUGAUAAUCACAUUUGCCUUUCUUCGUGGCUCAUCUCUGAUUAGCAGUACAAAAAACCUGGUGUUCUGGAUACAUACUACUUGGAUACAGAAUUUAAGCCUCUGGUACCUUAGGUUUUCAGCAUUACUGUCUUUGGGAUCACUAACAACUUUCAAAGCUCCUUCAGGGAAUGCACCAUGACAUCAGCAGUGGUUGACAGUGGAGGUUCUGGCCUGGAGUUUGACAACAGUGGAGUAGAAAAUCAGGAGGAAAAUAAGCCAGUCUCUGAAUACCCAGCAGUGAUUGUGGAGCCAGUUCCUAGUGCGAGAUUAGAGCAGGGUUAUGCUGCUCAAGUCCUGGUUUAUGAUGAUGAAACUUACCUGAUGCAAGAUGUAGCAGAGGAACAAGAAAUUGAGACUGAAACUGUGGAAACAGUGGAAGCAUCAGUUCAUGGCAGCAAUGUGCACUGCACAGAUAAAACAAUUGAAGCUGCAGAGGCUUUACUUCAUAUGGAGUCUCCUACCUGCUUGAGAGAUGCCAGGAGUCCUGUGGAAGUUUUUGUCCCUCCUUGUGUGUCAACCCCAGAGUUUAUCCAUGCUGCUAUGAGGCCAGAUGUGAUAACAGAGACUGUAGUGGAGGUGUCAACCGAGGAGUCUGAACCAAUGGAUAUGUCUCCUGUUCCAACAUCCCCUGAUAUCCGUGAGCCAAUGAAAAAGAAAAAAGCUGGCCGUAAACCAAAGACCCAACAGUCAGCCAUUUCCAAUGGUUCUCCAGAUUUAGGUAUAAAGAAGAAACCCAGAGAAGGCAAAGGAAAUACAACGUAUUUGUGGGAGUUCCUUCUGGAUCUUCUUCAGGACAAAAAUACUUGUCCUCGAUACAUUAAGUGGACUCAGCGAGAGAAGGGCAUCUUUAAACUUGUGGACUCCAAAGCGGUCUCGAAGCUAUGGGGAAAGCACAAGAACAAACCUGACAUGAACUAUGAGACGAUGGGAAGGGCCUUGAGAUAUUACUAUCAAAGGGGAAUUCUCGCAAAGGUUGAGGGGCAAAGGCUGGUAUAUCAGUUUAAGGAGAUGCCAAAAAACAUAGUGGUCAUAGAUGAUGACAAAAGUGAAUCCUGCAAUGAAGAUUUAUCAAUGCCUACAGAUGAGAAGUCAUUGGAACGAGUGUCAUUGUCUGCAGAAAGCCUCUUGAAAGCAGCAGCAUCUGCACGUGGUGGAAAAAAUUCUUCUCCAUUAAAUUGUACAAGAGCAGAGAAGGCAGUCGCCCGAGUUGUGAAUAUUGCCUCUCCAGGGCAUGAUAUGUCAUCUCGUCUUCCCACCACCACUACCACUGUUCCAGCAACAGUAGCUCCCAGGACUGUUCGUGUGGCGAUGCAAGUGCCUGUCGUAAUGACAUCUCUGGGGCAGAAAAUUUCAACUGUGGCAGUACAGUCAGUAAAUGCAGGGUCACCAUUAAUAACCAGUACAAGUCCAACAACGGCAACGACCCCAAAGGUAGUAAUCCAGACAAUCCCUACCGUGAUGCCAGCAUCUGCUGAAAAUGGAGAUAAAAUCACAAUGCAGCCUGCCAAAAUCAUUACCAUCCCUGCUACUCAACUCGCACAGUGUCAGUUGCAGACAAAAACAGGCCUGACUGGGUCAGGAAGUAUUAACAUAGUUGGAACCCCAUUGGCUGUGAGAGCACUUACCCCUGUGUCUAUAGCUCAUGGGACACCAGUAAUGAGACUAUCAAUGCCUGCCCAGCAGGCAUCUGGCCAGACUCCUCCCAGAGUUAUUAGUGCAGUCAUAAAAGGGCCAGAGAUGAAACCAGAUAUAGUGGCUUUAAAACAGGAACGUGAAAUGAAAACACUGCAACUUGUACAAGAAGAAAAGCCAGCAGAUGGAAGCAAGACUGUGACGCAUGUUGUAGUAGUUAGUACGCCCUCAGCCAUUGCCCUUCCUCUAACAAUGAAAACAGAAGGAAUAGUAACAUGUGAGAAAUGAAGAAUAG